AUAUCGAACAGAAGGGCUUUUUUCUAACCCAAAAAUAAUUUAAGUGAAAUUAAAAAUGUUAUCCAGAUCCCGCAUUUUUGUGCUUUUGGCAAGUGCUGCACUUAUCUCAACUGCUUCAGGCACUCGUUGUUAUCGUUGUCACGAAAGCGGUUACAUCGGAGAUGUUAGAAAUUGCCGUGAUACUGUCGAGUGUCGUUAUGGAUGCAAAAUUACACAAGUUGUUAGUCAUAGUCGAGAGAUCUACGUAGAACAAGAUUGUUACGAAAUGACCUAUCCCUUCGGCGUUGGAAGUUCUAACAAUGAUAAUGUGAAUCCGACGUACAUCCCGCAAACGCAAUACCAAUCAAACUAUCCUCAAACAAAUUUCCCGCGACAAAAUCCUCCGAUCAUCUUCAAUCCGCACAAUCCAGACAAUCGAGACUAUGCUGCGGGAUAUGACAACACAAAUUUGGCGAUCAACAACAAUCAAUAUGGACAAGGAAGUUGCAGCACAUAUUCAGCAAUUCAGGCGUUUCGAAGACUUUUCCCUUACUCGAGCGGAUAUUCAGCAACUUGUAACACUUGCGAUUGGGAUUAUUGUAAUUUGUUCAAUGCAGCGCCCGGUUUGAAAGCAACAACAACAAUUGGAGUAGUUUUGUUCGUGCUGCUCAAGAGCUUUAUGUAAUUUGAUGUUUAGAUGGAGACUUGAUGUUUUUCUUUAGUUUUAGUGAAUAUUUAUAUAAAAAAUGUGUAAAAAUUAAAAAAAAAUAAAACGCUUCGACCAAUCACAAAACAAUGACUCGACGCCUUAUCGCAUCGCUCAUCAACAUAAACAUGAAAUAAGGCGACAUAAUCGUUUUAUUAUAUUGAUACAGACAUUAAACAUAAAUAACUAAUAAUAAUACGACAAAAAAAGGCAGCAAAGAAAGAAAGACAGAAGAACAGUAGCACUCAAA